GCAGUGCCAAAGCAAAGCUACUCGCAGUCGGUCGCACAACAUGAAUCUCAUUCCGGGUAACGUCCUGUUUCUGGUGAUCCUCGGCCUCGUUUGCCCGUCCCACUCCCUGCCCAUGACCCCCGAAAAUGAGCUAAGGGAGCUGGACCAUCAACUGGGUCAUCAAAUGGGUCACCAACAGCCGCGCAUGGCGAAGAGCGAGGUCGAGUCGGAAUUCGUGGGUAGAAUUGCGCCAAAUGGUGAGCACAGUGUCGAGGAGGAUCCGGAACACGCUAUCGCACUCUUGGAGGAAUUGGAGGAGGCCGGAGUGAAGUCAACCGAUGACCGGCCGUUGCACAUACUCAGCUAUAACGAACUACUCAGACUCCUGGCCCUCUGGCAUCUGAACCAGAAUCGCAAUGUCUACGAGGCCAACGGACCGGACAAGCAGCCCGAUCAAGCCAUCGAUGCUCAUUCAGUUUAAUCGCUUAAUGCGUUAGCGUAGUAGCCCGUUU